AUGAAAAGAAGAAAUUCUUCGUCCUCUUCAUCAAGUUAUUCAUCGUCCUCAUCAUCGGCUUUAUCAUCAUCGGAAUCGGACGAUGACUUUGAAAGACAAUUAAAAAAGAAGAGACAAUUGGAAGAACAAAUUGCUAAAUUAAAUACUGCUGUAAAGAGUGAUGAUCAAGAAGUAAAUAAUGAAGAAGAGGAGGAUGAAGAUGAUUAUGGCCCUGCCAUUCCAGGUAUGCAACCAACAACAACUAGUAAUACAAAAUCAUCAGCAGAGGAAUCUGAUGAUGAUGGUUAUGGACCAAGUAUUCCUUCAUUACCUCCAACAACAACAACAAAUAAUAAUCAAUCAUCACUAGCUGUUUCCUCCUCCUCCGAUGGUAUUGAAGCCUCCUCAUCAAGUAUUCAACAACAGGAAAUUAGUAAUAAUAAUCUAGGAUCUAAAAUUAAAUUAUCAAAGGAAGAGAGAAUUGAUCAAUUACAUUUAGGACAAUUACCAGAAGGAUUAAUGUAUGAAUGGUCUUAUAUGCAUCGUGAUUAUAUUUGUUAUGUACUUGUAGCUCCACCAUCAAAGGUAACAACCAGUAGUUCACACAGUUCUACUCAUUUCAUAAUUACCAUGUCUAAGGAUGGUCAUGUUAAAUUCUGGAGAAAAACAAUUGAUAAUAUUGAAUAUGUGAAACAUUUUACUGCUCAUAAUACUUCAGUGAUGGGUCCUUUGAAAUAUGGUACCAUGGCAUGUGAUGGAUUAUUGGCAGCAAGUAUGACUAGAAGUGAUUUAAAGGUUUAUGAUGUUACAAACUUUGAUAUGAUUAAUGUUUUUAGUUUUACAAAACCUGAAGAACCAACUCAAAAGAGAGAAUUGCAUCUAUGUGAAUAUAUCACUAAGAAACAAGGAAGUGCUACUGACAAAAUACUAGGAAUAUUCUUUGAAGAUGGAGCUAUUGAAUUUUAUGAUCCAUGUAAUCCUGAUGCUACAUCCAAUGACCCAAUUUACAAGUACAACGUUGCUGGAUCUAUAAUGAUACAUCGUUCUAAGAUUACUUGUUGCAAGUUCAAUUCAGUUUUUGGAGCUAUGAUUAGUUGUGAUGAAAAGGGAAUGAUUGAAUACUGGAAUCCACAUACUGGUAAAUUCCCAACACUUGAGGAAGCAAACAAAUAUUUAUCUACAAAGCAAACUAAUCUCUUUACUUUCAAGUACAAGUCUGAAACUUCACUCUUUGAAUUGGCCAAACAAAAAACCUAUGCCAUCAGCUUGGAUAUUUCAAAGGAUGGAAAAUCGUUUGUUGUCUUGUGUAGAGAUGGUCAUGUUAGAGUUUUUGACUUUUUAUCUGGUAAAAUGGUGAGAGAUUAUGAUGAAUCUUUGCCACUCCAAGAAAAUUUACAAAAAGCUGCCACUAACAAGGCCUUUAUUGAAACUUUGGAAAAUAUAGCAUCAACAACAUCUGAAGAUCCAACCCAAAGCGAGGAAAUCAAAAAAUCUAAGAUUCUUUUAGAAAAACUCAAAAUGGAGACUAAUGAUUUGGAACUGUAUGCCACUGACAACUUUGAUUUUGGUAGAAGAGUUGCUAUUGAACAUGAAAUUGAGCAGGUUAUUGAUAGCAAACAUUCUUCCAAACCAAUUAGUAAUCCUCUCUUCAAGGAUUAUCAUUCAACACCACAUGUUCUCUUUGAUGAUAGCUCACAAUUUUUAAUUUAUCCAACUAUCUUUGGUAUCAAAUUUAGAAAUAUUAGGACGAAUCGUGUCGAUAGACUUUUGGGUAAAGUGGAAAGUACUGAACGAUUUAUGAAUAUUGGGCUCUUCCAAGGUAUUAUUAAAAUAUCUAGAGCAGAACUUUCAAAACAUAAUGCCUCAAAAAAUUCCAAUGGUUCCUCUCAAAUGUUUACAAUGGGUGACUCCGACGAGGCCAGUAUUAUUAAAUUGGACUAUUUGGACCCUACUUUAUUCUGUUCAGCCUACAAGAAGAAUAGAUUUUACAUGUUUAGCAAGAGAGAACCAUCAGAAGAUGAUGAACAUACAGGAUCUGUUCAUCAACGAUUUGCCUACAUUACAGCUAGUGCUAGCAUUGGUAGAGACAUUUUCAACGAAAAACCAUCAAAGGAAGAAAUGGAAAUUGCUAAUGCUAUUGGAGAAUCUGCAUCAUCUCUUAGUGGAUUUGGAGGAAAGAAAAAGAUUGGAAAACUUGCCAAGAUUGCCACCAUUCACACAUCAUUUGGAGAUAUUCAAGUUAAAUUAUUCCCUGAUGUUUGUCCAAAGACUGUGGAAAACUUUACUCAACUUUCUUUGAAUGGAUAUUAUGAUAAUUGUAUUUUCCAUAGAGUUAUUAAGAACUUUAUGAUUCAAACAGGUGAUAAUGAUAAUCGUGAUGGUACUGGAGGUACCUCAAUAUUUGGAAAGGAAUUUGAGGAUGAAUUUUCACCAAGUCUCAAACACGACAGACCUGGAAAGUUAUCAAUGGCCAACAGAGGACCAGGAACAAACAGCUCUCAAUUCUUUAUAACUACUGUACCAACUCCUUGGUUGGAUAAUAAGCAUACCCUGUUUGGUGAAGUGAUCAAAGGAAUGGAGGUUGUUCACUCAAUUGAGAGUGUGCCAACAGAUGAGUUUGAAAGACCAGUUCUCCACGACCUAAAUGUCAGUACUACUAAGAAGGGACAAAAUCUUUUGGAUAUCGCCAUUGUCAAUGUUGAUAUUGAUGAAUUUAUGUAAAUAAAUCAACCAUGAAAUACC